AUUUCAUACAGUGCCGGACACAAACGCGCACAUGCCUUUAAAGAGGGCAAAGCAGCGUGCGGAGGCUGAAGGAUGGACGUGAUGACGUCGCACUCCGACGCGACUGUGGAUUCCGACCAGUCAGGGUGCAUCUCCAGCCAGCCGAUAGCCUGUAGUCCAUCCCUGCUCCAAUGUGCAGGCCAACAUGGCUCUCUGGAAACUCAUACGGAAGUGGAUGUCCAAAUAAAUAUGCCCCACUGUAAUGUCAUCAACAACGUCAAUUUAGGAGUAGACAAGUUGCCACUGGCUGCUCCCCCACCUUUGGCUCCCACCAAUCAGAAACAUCUCUCCUCCAGUAAAAGCCACACCUCCUACAAAACAAAUAGCACCCUCAUUGAAGAAGUAGCAAGAGACGACUGUUGCGUCCACUGCCUGCUGGCGUGUCUCUUCUGCAACUUUCAAUCCAUGUGUGGGGCAGUGGAGAGGUGCGUGACUUGCGGAGGGGGCCUGUCCGGCUCCUGCGGAUUCAUUGACACCUGCUGCUGGUGCUGCUGCUGCUGUUGCUGGGACGAGGCUUGUGUGGAACCGUUGGAUUGUGGAAUACUGGAGGAGUGCUGCAGCUCGGCAGACUGUUUGGAGAUGUGUUUGGAGUGUUGCGCCAUAUGUUUCCCUUCUUAGACUGACCAAUUAGAGGCUUAAAAGAGAUGUCACUCCAAAUUUCACAAUGGAGUCUUGUUCCCUCAUUGUUUGACAUUGGGAACACUUUGAGUCUAGGAGUCAUGUGACGCCUCCUAACAGGCUACAGAACAAUUCAUUAAGUAGCAAUUACACGCACUUAUCUACCUGUCAAUUGUUUGUCUACGUGUGCCUAAUUGUGCAAGUUUUGCGGAAUCCCAAAUCAACUCAGCGUGAUUGACAUCUCGGAAGGAACGAGCCGGCCAGAACAGGAAGUGUGGCUGUCCAUUUAUGAAACAUCCAAACAGGAAACAGGAAGGUAACUGAAAAGACAACGUGAGCUGAUGGAGCUAACCUUUGAGCCCGGACAGCCAACAUCAAACAGAUACACGCGCGCAUAUUCAUACACGAGCAUGUUCUCGUGGUGAAUUUACCUCCAGUUAUUGCAAAAUCCAAAGAUCUAAAACUAUUUUUAAAUGAUGUAAACCAU